CUAUGAACCAGUCUAAAUGAUAGCACCCAGGCAUACAGCAAAUGAGAGACAAUUGGUAUUUCUAUUCAUAUAGGACAUAACAGUCGAAAGCGUGCGAUGCGAAGCUCGCAUGCACGGACCAUGAAUUGGUCAGUGAAGUAAAACUUAUAUUUAUUGUUAUCUAUAUUUAAAACUAGUAUCACAGAUAUUAAAGUACGUGAACUUAGAAACUAUGGGCAAAAUGUAUUGCUACGCUCAACACUGAAAAAUCUUUUAGCUGAUUCGCACCCACAUCCCGGAGUUUGCGAGCUGCUUAAUAGAAUUCAGCCGAGAGUCCCUCUAAGUUCCCGUAACACUAAAAGAUUUUUCAAUCUACGAUGAGUGCAAGUAAAACGGAUAGCCAUCCGGCAUUCUAUUCAGCACCAACGGGAGGCUGCGACAACUGCCCGCGCCCCGUUUUGUGCGACGAUGUACAAUGGACCAGCAGCGUUUGUGUCCCAAAGGUUAUUGUAUCCAGUAAAAUUGAAAAUCGAAUUGCCCUUCUUCGGCUGGAACAACUCGAGCAAGAGCGCGCACUGCAGCAGCGCGAAAUGGAAGCGGAGAGACGGGCAUUAGAGAAAGAGCGAGAGUUAUUGCAGAAGAAAUACCUCUUGCUAGUGCAUCAGUUUUCGAUGCGUCGAAAUAUGAAGAAUCAUGAUCGUGAUACCGUUCGAACAACAGGUGAAGAUAAAGAUGAUCAAUUCAUCUCGGAUGUCAAUAUCAUCCACAGUGAGUCUGUCGACGAAGAACCGUCACCCGAUUAUAAUCAUCAAAAACCAGCUACCAUUGAAUCCAUAGCACACGAUUCAGUGCACAAUGGUCCAAACUGGACUGUUUAUUCGAAACAACUACAAGUAGUGCAGCCGAGAUGUUUGGAUUUCGCCGAAACUCGGUCUACAAAGGAUAGGAUUCAGCAGCGAAAUAUCCGCGCGUUUCCUAAUACAAUUCCACCAGGACGAAAUUGUACAUUUGACUGCAGUGUGUUGACCAAGUGCACAAGUGAUACACAAGCAAGUGUACCUCCCAUGUUUGUGGCUCCGAAAGUGCCGGAUCCGGCCCCUCCCCCUGCGCGGACGGCGGUGACGAACGAAGGUGUUUCUGGCAGAGAAGACACCAUGGAGCUGGCAAAAAUUAAGUGCAAAGAAAAGGUCAGUACGCAGUAUCCACAGCAUAAAUUACAGACUUCAGAUCGUUUUCGGACCACUGUGCAACGUAGAAAGUGUGAGCUACCUUAUCGUUACCGUCAUCGUCAUCUGAAGUGUAUUGAAUCGCGUUCCCGAUCGAGAUGCAGUGGCCAAAGUCAGUGUUUUCCACAUGGAUACAGCCGUGGAAGACAAGCAGCGUCCAAGGACUAUGACCUUCAUCUGCAACCUGAUUGGAGCGACGGAAGCUAUAUAGAAUUGGUCCGUGGUCAAUGUAGGUCGUUAUCCGCCGGACUGACGAGGUUAGAUAUGUCUCAUCAAAAUCAACAGAAACGAAGUGCAGAGGAGGAUAGACGUGUAGAGUCGGAUACGUUUUGCGAUUGCAAAGUUGACAGGUUCCACAAUAAGAAACGUUGUUGUGAAAAAAUCAGCGAUAUUGGAGCGAUUAAGCCACAGGUAACCUUUCGAUGCUCGUUGUCGAUCAGUUUGCCAGUGCUCUUCGUUUGGCAAAAUGAUGAAGGAGAACAUUAUGUGGGGGAUCCGAAGGUAACAGUUACAGCCUAUAAUUUAUUAAAAUUUCUUAAAUCUGUGAGGGAAGACUUGCCUAGAUUUUUCGAAGUGUUGGCAGCAUUGGGUCUCAGUAAAACUGGGACCGAUGGCCAGUGUUACGGGGGGGGGGGGAGAAUGUUGCCGCCAACACUGCCCUACCUAGCACUGUUUUAAAUAUAUCUAUGAACCAGUCUAAAUGAUAGCACCCAGGCAUACAGCAAAUGAGAGACAAUUGGUAUUUCUAUUCAUAUAGGACAUAACAGUCGAAAGCGUGCGAUGCGAAGCUCGCAUGCACGGACCAUGAAUUGGUCAGUGAAGUAAAACUUAUAUUUAUUGUUAUCUAUAUUUAAAACUAGUAUCACAGGUAAUCACAGUUACUUUCUGCCUAAAUCUAAUUAAAUUAAACCUAACUUAUUACUAAAUCACAGAUAUUAAAGUACGUGAACUUAGAAACUAUGGGCAAAAUGUAUUGCUACGCUCAACACUGAAAAAUGUAAGUAAAAUGUAAAACAAUGAAAUUAUAAAGGAAAUAAACAUACUCUAUUACAGCUUUUAGCUGAUUCGCACCCACAUCCCGGAGUUUGCGAGCUGCUUAAUAGAAUUCAGCCGAGAGUCCCUCUAAGUUCCCG